CAGCGGCAACUUGGAGGUCAGCAGCAGGGCGGACCUUUCAUGGGCCGUGAUUUUAUGGGUCAAGGUGCGCCGCCUAUGUCCCAAGUAUUGAAGCAGCAGGUGGAUGACGAAGUGAAACGUAUUGUUGACGAACAGUACCAGCGCGGCAUGAAGCUCUUGAGAGACAACAUGUUUUUGCUGGAUGAGUUGGCGAAGCUACUCAUGGAGCAGGAGAAGGUCAGUGGUGAAGAGCUUGUGAAGCUUAUCAACAGAGCUGCGAUUGAUGGGAAGUUGGCGGUGGACAACAAGCAGAUGGCCUUUGCCGCCUUCAUGGGUGAGAAAGUGGACAACACUUCAACAGGUUCAAAGCUCACCAGCAAGUGCCUUCCAUCUAUGACGUCUAUGACCUCCUUGACUUCAAUGCCCAAGGGCUUCUGUGGCUCGACCCUCCGUCCCCGCCAUGACCGUGCUACUGCACGCAACGCGAUUGCCCGACUAGGGCUGGCGGGCGAUGAGAAGGCUGUGACCAGUGAGAAGGUUCUCCAGGAAGUUCAGCGAAUGGCAGCUGAUGUCUCCAAUGGCUCCGCUUUGCCAAGCCAGGUAGUCCGAACCGCAGCUGUGCAGACCUUGGUGUCUUUAGCUGCUAUGGCAGGUCCAUCUGCCGCAGUUGCUGAUGACGUGGCAGUGCCACAGAGCGUUCCGCAGCCCAUGACUCAGAUGCAAGCUACUGGCCGUGUCACCUAUUCUCGCUUCUUAGAAUUCAUCGAGGACGGCGCGGUGAAGCGUGUCGACAUGUAUGACAUGGGCCGGACUGCUGUUGCUUCCGUGACCAUUGCCGGUCGUGAACAGCAGCUGAUUUGUGAUUUGCCUGGUGCCAGCACGGGGGUCAUCGACAAGCUGGUGGCAAAGAACGUGGCCAUUGAUGUGCACCAACCGGACAAACCCAAUCCACUCUUCGGCGCCUUGGCUGAUGCGGCGUUCCCUUUGCUGACCAUCGCUGGUUUGCUCUUUUUGCGAUCGCAGAGCCCUGGUACUGGUGGCAUCCCAGGGCUUGGCAAUCAGGGCAAGGCACAAAUCAUGAUUUCCCCAGACACCGGUGUGAAGUUUGAGAACGUGGCCGGAAUCGAUGAGGCAAAGGAGGAGCUUACGGAGAUUGUCGAUUUCCUGAAGGCUCCCGAGCGCUUUGUGAAGGUCGGAGCCAAGAUCCCACGUGGCGUCCUGCUCACUGGGCCGCCGGGCACCGGGAAGACGCUCAUGGCCAAAGCUUUGGCAGGUGAGGCUGGUGUGCCCUUCAUCCAAUCCUCCGCCUCGGAAUUCAUUGAGCUGUUUGUGGGUGUUGGGGCCUCUCGCGUGCGCGACAUCUUCAAACAGGCCAAGGAGAAGGCUCCCUGCAUCGUUUUCAUCGAUGAGAUUGAUGCCAUUGGCCGACAGCGCGGUGCUGGCAUGGGGGGUGGAAAUGAUGAGCGGGAGCAGACAUUGAAUCAAAUCCUGACUGAAACUGAGAUGGAUGGCUUCGAGGGCAACAGCGGUGUCAUUGUUGUUGCGGCAACCAACCGCUCUGACAUCUUGGACAAUGCCUUGCUUCGGCCCGGACGCUUUGAUCGCCGUGUCACUGUUGGAUUGCCAGAUGUGAAGGGCCGAGAGCAAAUCUUGGACGUGCACAUCCGAAAUAAGAAGCUGGCCGAGGGAAUCACAUUGAAGGAUAUUGCCAAGAGAACUGCUGGCUUCAGCGGUGCCGAUUUGGAAAACUUGAUGAACGAAUCCGCCAUCCUGGCAGCUCGACGCAACAAGAGCGCAGUCACCAUGGACGAGAUCAACGAUGCCACAGAUCGCGUCAUUGCUGGCCUCGAAGGGCGUCCCUUGAACAACAACGCCUCGAAGAAACUGAUUGCAUACCAUGAAGCAGGUCAUGCCAUCGUCGGAUCUUUGCUGCCUCAUCAUGACCCGGUCAACAAGGUGACUGUCAUUCCCCGUGGUCAAGCAAAAGGCCUCACUUGGUUUACACCUGGAGAGGAUCAGAGCCUCAUCUCUGCAGCCAUGCUGAAGGCCCGGAUUGCUGGAGCUUUGGGUGGCCGUGUGGCGGAGCAGUUGGUCUUCGGCAGCUCCCAGGUGACCACUGGUGCUGGGGGAGAUUUGCAGCAGGUGGAGCGCAUGGCUCGGGCCAUGGUCACCCAGUUUGGCAUGUCCGACGUGGGUUCGAUUGCCAUCGAUGAUGGAGGCUUUGGCGGGCCCAACUAUUCGGAGGACUUGAACUCAAAGAUUGAUAGUGCCAUCAAGAACAUCUCGGACGAGUGCUUCCAAACAGCGUGGAAUCUGCUCGAGACACACCGAGAUUGCUUGGACAAGGUGGCCGAGGAGCUUUGUGAGAUGGAAACCAUCACCGGCGACAGGCUCCGAGAGAUCAUUGCCCAAUACACUGAGGUACCAGAGAAGAUGGCUGUGGUUUGAGGUUCCAGCUGUAUAAUGAGAUGCUUUUGAAUAAGUUGCAGUUCCGUUAGGUCACACAGAACCGUCGAAUUCUUUGCAUACCAUGCAUGCGUUUAGAGACACAACUCCGCUGUACAGAGAGCUUGAUUGCUGCAUCACAUGUUCAGUCUUGAUGCAAGAGUAUCAUGCUCGCUUUGGUUUCUCAGCUGGAUUGACACGGGUCACAUCCCAAAGCUGAUCCAAUCUUCGUGCACCGUCAAUGCCUGAAUGAACCUCA